GGCGUUCCUCCUUCGGCUUUCGGGGCACGACCUCCUGCGGGUCUGCUGAUAAGAACCAAAAUCAAGCGUGGGAAUAAGUGGCUUCGGCAUUCGUGCAUAAAGGCGCUCUUGUUCAGAUCCUGCCAUGGGUCCCAGACCACAAGUGGGGACUCAGGGUUCCCCAGGCUUUGAAGACAACGAUAAGGGCAGGCAGGACGGAGACAUGCUGCCGUCGUACUCCACCGUCAAUCUGGUAAACGACGACGCAGUUGAAGAGGAUCCGUGGGAAUUGCCGGAGCUCAAGGACACGGGCGUCAAGUGGUCAGAUCUGGGCACUAAAGGGAAGAUCAUGCGAGUGGUGACGGGCAUCGUCAAGCUGGCGUUGCUGCUGGGACUUCUCUACCUGUUCAUCUGCUCUCUGGACGUCCUCAGCUCGGCCUUCCAGCUGGUCGGAGGCAAAGCUGCCGGAGACAUCUUCAAGGAGAACAUGAUCCUGUCCAACCCGGUGGCCGGCCUGGUGAUCGGGGUGCUGGUCACAGUGUUGGUGCAAAGCUCCAGCACCUCCUCGUCCAUCGUGGUCAGCAUGGUGUCCGCUGGAUUGCUGGAGGUUCGGUCCGCAGUGCCCAUCAUAAUGGGCGCCAACAUCGGCACGUCGGUCACCAACACCAUCGUGGCCAUGAUGCAGGCGGGCAACCGCAACGAGUUCCGCAGGGCCUUCGCCGGCGCCACCGUGCACGACUUCUUCAACUGGCUCUCCGUGCUGAUCCUGCUGCCCCUGGAGGUGGCCACGGGCGUCCUGGAAAAGCUCACCCACCUCAUCAUCCAAUCCUUCCACAUCCAGUCGGGAGAGGACGCGCCCGACCUGCUCAAGAUUAUCACCGAACCGCUCACAGACUCCAUUAUCCAGCUGGAUAAAUCCGUCAUCACCGGAAUCGCCACCGGGCAGGAGGCCGCCAGAAACAAGAGUCUGAUCAAAAUCUGGUGCAAGAAGAAGACCAACACGACGUUCUGGAACGUGACGGUGGAUCUCUGCCCCGCCGGCGCCGUCUGCUGGGAGGAAGGCAACCAAAUGUGGACCGAGAAAAACAGCACCGCGACGCACUACCUAGAGAAAUGCUCCCACAUCUUUGUCAACGCCAACCUGUCCGACCUGGCGGUGGGCCUGAUUCUGCUGGGUAUGUCGCUCUUAAUCCUCUGCAGCUGCCUCAUCCUCAUCGUCAAGCUGCUCAACUCCAUGCUGAAGGGCCAGGUGGCGAUCGUCAUCAAGAAGGUGCUCAACACAGACUUCCCCUUCCCAUUCGCCUGGGUUACCGGCUACAUCGCGAUCCUGGUGGGAGCCGGGAUGACCUUCAUCGUUCAGAGCAGCUCCGUCUUCACCUCGGCGAUAACGCCUCUUGUCGGUAUCGGUGUCAUCAGCCUUGAGCGGGCCUAUCCACUCACUUUGGGUUCCAACAUCGGAACAACCACCACGGCCAUCCUUGCUGCUAUGGCGAGCCCGGGAGAAACGCUGGCCGACUCACUUCAGAUUGCACUCUGCCAUUUCUUCUUCAACAUCAUGGGCAUCCUUUUGUGGUAUCCGAUCCCGUUCACACGGAUCCCCAUCAGGCUGGCCAGGGGGCUGGGCAACCACACAGCGCAGUACCGCUGGUUCGCCGCCCUCUACCUCGUCUUGUGCUUCCUGGUGUUGCCCCUCGCCGUAUUCGGCCUGUCGGUGGCGGGCUGGCAAGUCCUGCUGGGCGUCGGGGUGCCCGUCAUCGUGCUCGUCGUCUUCGUGAUUCUGGUCAACCUCCUGCAGUCGCGCUGCCCUCGCUUCCUGCCCCGCUUCUUGCGCACCUGGAACUUCCUGCCGCGGCCGCUGCGCUCGCUGGCGCCCUGGGACAGCGUUGUGACGUCGUGCCUGGGCUUCUGCGGCCGCUACUGCUGCUGCAUAUGCAAGUGCUGCAACUGCUGCCAGAAGGACGAAACGGCGCGCAAGAAGAGCCUCGAGUUGUACGACAACCGGGCCGCGAUAAUGAACAACGACCCGAAGGUCAUCCGAGGAACUCAUCUUUAAUAGCGCCGCCCGUGAAAUGUGUACAAUUACGAACAGUUAUCUCUUGACGUUAAUGAUUCCUGCGACUGGACUAUCUCCUCCACGCUGUAAUCUCAGUGUUGGGCUGCUAUGAACUGUCUUUACACUGGACCCGGUGAAUAUUGGUCUAUAAAACCUUUCUAUCGCUAUCUACACUCACAUCAGGACUUUUUGUAUUUUCUGUAUGUAUGGAAAAAAAAAUUCUAACUGAAACAGAAUG